AUGGGUCACUUUGGCAGGAAGGAUCCGUCAGAGGACGAGAUUCAACGAGCACCAUCGGAUCGAGAUGUUGAGAAGACUGUGCCUGCUCAUCAGGAGGCCGGAAAUAUACAAAGUCCUGCCGUGGCCGCGACAAUUCUUGACCCGGAAUUGGAGCGACGUGUGCUGAGGAAGUUGGAUUGGCGGGUGCCUACCUUGAUGGGAUUUUUCUAUCUACUUGCUUUCCUCGACCGAAGUAACAUUGGCAAUGCAAAAAUUGCCGGCAUGACGGAAGACCUGAAUCUAACUGGAAACCGGUACUCAUGGCUACUGACGAUUUUCUACAUCUCAUAUACGGUGUUCGAGUUCCAGGCGUUGAUGUGGAAGAUCGUCAAGCCGCACCAAUGGGCCGCCUUUGUUGUCUUCUCCUGGGGCUUGGUCGCAACGUGCCAAGCGGCUGUUACGAACUGGCAGGGCAUGAUGGCCCUGCGGUUCCUGAUGGGUGUCUUUGAAGCUGGGUUUGGACCCGGUGUGCCCUAUCUGCUGUCCUUCUUCUAUCGCCGUCACGAGCUGGGUCUCCGUUGCGGUCUAUUCUUGUCGGCUGCCCCGCUGGCUAAUACCUUUGCGGGAGCUCUGGCCUACGGUAUUACCUCGGGUCAUUCGAAACUCGCAAAUUGGCGACUCCUGUUUCUUGUCGAGGGUCUGCCUGUCUGUGCUGCUGCGAUCUUAGCGUGGUUCUUUGUUCCAGACAAUGCAUCUUCGGCGAAGUUUCUCACCGAGGAGGAGAAGGAGGUUGCUCGGGUUCGCGCCUUGCAACAGUCUGGUGAAGCAGAGCGGGAGGGCAAAGUUCAAUGGAAGGAGUUACUCGAGACACUAUUCGACGCUAAGGCUUGGUUCACGGCGUUAAUGUACUUCAGCUGCAAUGUUAGCUUCUCUUCUCUGCCGGUCUUUUUGCCGACUAUCCUCAAGGAAAUGGGCUUCACGGCCAUCAACGCGCAGGGCCUCACCGCACCCCCCUUCUUUGCAUCAUUCCUCUGCACCAUUGCGUCCACCUGGGUGGCGGAUCGGCUCCAGCAGCGUGGAUUGAUGAUCGCAGGACUAUCAGCGAUCGGCGGUGUGGGGUAUAUCCUGUGUGCCACCUGCGAGUCAGUUGGCGUACGAUACUUUGGCGUGUUUCUCGCCGCUUGUGGAGUGUUUCCGUCGAUCGCCAAUAUCCUUCCAUGGGUUCUGAAUAACCAAGGCUCCGAUACCCGCCGCGGUGGAGGUAUCAUCCUCCUGAACCUCAUCGGCCAGUGCGGUCCCUUCCUGGGAACGAACGUAUUCCCCGAUAAGCAAGCCCCACGCUUUAUCAAGGGAAUGUCGAUCUGUGCAGCGUUCAUGUUCUUCACCACACUUCUUGCAUUGUGUCUUCGGUUCUUGCUGGUGUGGGAAAACCGGCAGCUCGAUAAGAAGUACGGACCGAAAAUCGACGCCGAUCCGACGAAAGAGGGCGAGGCUGCGGCAGAGGAUAACUAUGGCGCAAGCUUUAGAUAUGUGCUUUAA